AUGCCAGGACAUACACUCUCGCCAGCUCUUCUGGCUUUCCUUCUUCUAAUCCCUUGGGCACUUGAGAGCCUCGCAAAUCCUAUCGCUGGUCUCAAUGUGUUGGCUCGCUCGUCCACGGCCGAUUUUGGCCAUGGUACGCUCUCCCUGCCUUUCCGCCGUCGACCAUCUGCUCUCAUCAGCCGCUCCUCAUACCUGCCGACAACAAUCGACAACCACCAACUCUCAUACCUGGUCUCGGUUGGCGUCGGCACCCCCCCACAGUCACUCUACCUGAGCCUCGACACAGGCAGCAGCGAUACCUGGUUUUUCUCCCCUCAAGCAUGUACUACAGGUCACUGUGCUGGAGGAACUUUCGACUCCUCCACGUCCAGCACAUUCACCGAUCUCUCCACCGGCACAUUCCUAAUCCAAUACAACGACAACACCAAGAUCUCAGGCGACUAUAUAUCCGACAACCUCAGUCUGGGUGGCGUCACCGUAGAGUCCGUGGAAAUGGCUCUUGCCAGCACCGGCGCAGGCUCGGGCCCCAGCUCCCAGACAUACGGCAUCAUGGGCGUCGGAUACCCCUCCAACGAGGCAGGACCUGCAGCCAAUGAAUAUCCGAACAUCGUUCAAGACCUCGUCAGCCAGGGCAUCAUCAGUAGCUACUCCUACAGUCUAUGGUUAGAUGAUUUAGCAUCCCAAACCGGCACCAUACUCUUCGGCGGCUAUAACUCAGCCAAAUUCUCCGGCCAGUUGACAGUCAUCGACACACUCCCCGACGCCGACGGCACGGUUCGCAGCUUCCUGAUCGCGCUUUCAUCCCUGAACGGAUCAUACAACGGCCAGACAACCACGUUGACAUCCUCAACCUUCACCCCCGUCCCUGCCCUUCUCGACUCGGGCACAUCGCUCAUCUUGAUGCCUAGCGCAGCAUACACCAUUGUAGCCAACUGGUUCGGCGCGAAUUCAGACGGGACCAUCGAUUGUGGCCUGGCGGACAAAAGCGGGUCGGUGUCGUUCGGGUUUGCGGGGGUUAGUAUCGAUGUGCCUUUCUCAGAGCUGGCCGUGCUCGACGAGGACACGCAGACCUGUUACUUUGGUUUUGCUGACGGGGGUCCCGACUCAGAUUGGAUCCUGGGCGAUACCUUCCUGCGGUCGGCGUAUGUUUACUAUGAUCUAGGGAAUAAUCAGAUUGGACUUGCGCAGAGUGUGUUUCAGUAG